UACCAGUAAGCGCUUUCUUUAAGUGAAAUCAUCAACAAUUUAUAACAGCUUAUUCAACCGGAUCAAUCCAAAAUGGCCGACCGAUAAACGAGAACCGAAAGAACCCUCUCAACUUCGCUGAAAGCGCGAUUCUUAUUCUUCAGAAAUAAGAAUUUUAGUUAUCCAGUUUUGACGUGAUUGGGAAGAAAUAUUUGUCCGAUGAUCUUCUUCAACUGUGUUGAUUUGGGACGGAUAUUUUGACGUCAAAAUAUCGCCAAGGUCAAAAUAUCGUCAUCUUUAUUGCUGGGUCGACUUCCUGAUCAACAUUACCGUAAAAUUGAAGGGACUUCUACCAAGGAUGCCAUACUCACGGUGAAAAUGGAAAUGACCGAAUAGGAGGGGAAUAACAGUUGAAAAUGAACACAGAAGAAUGUUGGAGAUAGAACUAUUGGGUUGAGAAUUUCGACUGAAUGAACGACUGAACGCUGAUAUCCCCAUUGACUGGAUGGGAUUUCAUAACUGCGUGAACUUCAAGAAUACUGGGCUGGCCAUUAUUGGAUUCAUGUUUGUUUUUCCGCGUGUUUUGGGCUUAGCGGUGCGUGAAUGUGAGGCGGACAAGUAUACAAAUGGCUGCAGCGUGCCGCUAGGAAUGGAGGCUCCUUUUCAGAAACAAUUCACGCCGUCAUGCAACAAGCACGAUAUAUGUUAUGGAUGUGGUCAUCACUACAACUGGACACGUGACCUAUGCGAUGAUGCCUUUCUCUCAGACAUGAAGAACACGUGCAAAGAGCGUCGUCAUCACGUGCGUCAUCGGCGAUUCGUCAGCGCGCUGCUGGAGGUCUGGUACUUCUUUCAGGGACUAAGCAAGGAAGAGAGGCGCUGUAACCUCGUGGCGGAAAUGUAUUACAAAGCUGUGCGAACGUUCGGAAAGCCAAAUUUUGAAGUGAGAGAAAACCAGUACUGCAAUAACACUUGUGCCGAUAAACACGGGAGUCCUUACAUGGAUCUACCGAAAUUACCGAAUUUGUGACAGUCUAAGGGGAAUUUUCCCAGAGAGAAUCGUGCCAUGAAGGGGAAAAUGAAAGAGAACAAUUUAUAAGACAUGUCAAUCAUUGGCAUCCUGGUUUCUUUCUACAUUAUCUAAAAGAGCCUGAGGUGGGAACCCUGUGAUAAUCGUUAAAAUCGUUAAAAUCUGGGUCGAUUUUUCGAUUUGGCGGCCAACAAAACGUUUUCGUGUCGGUUUAUGUCAUGUGCAGUUCCUGGAUGUUCUGGUUUUAGAAGGAAUGUCCUUUGAGGGCCCUCUAGUACCCAGGGGGGAUGGGGUAUAGAGCGAUUAUAGAUAGAUAGAUAGGUUUAUUCAAAAACUUUGCAACCCGAAGGUUGAAUUACGUUAUUUUACAAUAGUCAAAAACUUUAAAAAUCUAAAAAUCUAAAAUAUGAAUCUAAAAUUACAGGCUUGAUCAAAUCUAUACUGCGUUGAUUAAACAUCUAGUCGUAAAAUUUAGUGGAGGCAUUGAACAUUAAAAAACUUUUUGCAAAA